AGCGAGUUCGACUAGUCGCGCGACUUUCGUCCGUAUCGGCGCCGUUCGUCUCAAGGAUUUGCUCGUGCCGGUUAUUAACGAUGUCAAGGUGAUCGCCUUGAUCGACAAUGUCCGACGGUGAAACGCCGGAACGCGAGCGUUAUCGUAGCGUGUUUUGAGAGAAACGGCGUGAUUUUUCUGCCGACGAUCGCGAGGCCACCCACCUUCCCUCGUGAACCCAGCAGACGACGCGCCGCGGAUCGUCAAACGUGCAAACAUGGCGUCCGCAACGUCGUAUAGCGCCUAAUCCUGAGGUGUCCGAUUGCCUCGUAGAGCGAAAUAUAAGUGUCGUUUCGUUACGGAGGGGGACCGAGAGUAAUAAUUCUAGUCGGCGACAAUCGGUGGAAGGUUGUCACUCUGACAUUCGCUUGACAUUUCCGUACCUUUACUGAUGGAUGACGAUACGAUUGCUUUUGGAGAGGAAGAGGAGGCCCAGAAUGCCAACAAGCUUAAACAUCCAUACGUUACGCUGUUUCACUUGGCCUUCCGGAUAGCGGCUAUAAUAGUUUAUAUGCUUUGCGGUUGGUUUUCAAAUAGUUUUAUAGCAAGCUUUGUAACAGUGGUACUACUUUUGUCGAUGGAUUUUUGGACUGUUAAAAAUAUUACGGGGAGAUUAAUGGUCGGCCUUAGAUGGUGGAAUUAUGUGGAUGAUGAUGGCAAAAGUCAUUGGGUUUUUGAGUCUAAAAAGGGUGCACAACAGAACCGCAUUAAUGCAACCGAGGCGCGAAUCUUUUGGUUGGCUCUGAUCUUGUGUCCACUUUUUUGGUCAAUAUUAUUUAUUGUGGCAUUAUUUGGUCUUAAAUUCAAAUGGCUUUUGCUCGUUUGCAUUGCCAUAGUAUUAAACGGCGCAAAUCUGUAUGGCUAUGUUAAGUGUAAAAUGGGAAAUGAUCAGAAUAUUUCAGCGGCCACGAGUGAUUUCAUCAGGAAACAAGUGUUUCAAAACGUCACUUCGAUAAUGAGCAGGAAUCCAUCAACGAAUACUACCAAUCAACCAAGUAAUGUAAUAUAAAUUUAUAAAUAUUGAAACAUUACUGUGUGUGUGUGUGUGUGUGUGUGUGUGUGUGUGUGUGUGUGUCGAUGUGUUCUUAAAUUUAUAUUCAUAUG